AUGGUCAGCUUCAAGAUUGUUGCCGCCGCCGUCGGCCUUGUUUCCAGCGCCUCUGCUGCUGCCAUCGACAGCACCCUGGUCGAUAAGCGCGCUGCUUGUGUUUACACUUGCGGUUCCGUCUGCUACUGGCAGUCUGAUAUCGACGAUGCUCUCUCUGCUGGAUACAGCCUGUACAAGUCUGGCAGCACCAAGGACUCCUACCCUCACCAGUACAACGACUACGAGGGCUUCAAUUUCCCUACCGCUGCUCCUUGGUACGAGUUCCCUAUUCUGAACACCUUCAAGGUCUACACCGGCGGAAGCCCCGGCGCCGACCGUGUCAUCUUCGACUCCAAGGGCAACUUCGACUCCGUCAUCACCCACACUGGUGCUAGCGGCAACGACUUUGUUGCUUGCAAGAAGGACUAA